AUGUGCGUUUCCGUCAGGGAUGUCCUGCUGGGCAUCGCGGGCAAGGACUUUGUCCUGAUUGCCGCGUCCAAGGCAUCGACGCGCGGCCCCACCGUGCUCAAGGCCACCGACGACAAGACACGGCAGCUCAACAAGCACACGCUCAUGGCCUUUUCUGGCGAGGCGGGCGACACGGUCAACUUCGCCGAGUAUGUCCAGGCCAACGUGCAGCUCUACACAAUGCGCAACGAGGCCGACCUCGCCCCCACCGCCAUUGCCCACUUUGUCCGCGGCGAGCUGGCCUCCAGCCUGCGGUCACGGAAACCUUACACCGUCAACCUGCUGUUGGGCGGCGUCGAUCCCAUCACACACAAGCCCAGCCUCUACUGGCUCGACUACCUCGCAGCCCUGGCCCCUGUGCCCUACGCCGCCCACGGCUACGCCCAGUACUACUGCCUCUCCAUCCUCGACAAGCACCACCACCCCGACAUCACUCUGGGCCAGGGCAUCAAGCUCAUGACCUUGUGCACCGAUGAGCUCAAGCGGCGGUUACCCAUCGACUUCAAGGGGAUGAUUGUCAAGGCCGUGACCAAGGACGGCAUUGUCGACGUUGAGUUUGACGACGACAAGGUUGUCAAGUGCCCGUGA